GCACGUGUAUGACUCCAGAGAGGCUGCCAUAUGCAGAGCCCAAGGAGAGUUUUAGCACGAUGAAGAGCUUCCCUGUUGGAACCACGGUGUCGUACAUCUGCCGGCCAGGGUAUGUAGAAAUCCCUGGGAAAUCAUCAAAUCGUACAUGUGGUGAAGACUUACAGUGGUCACCUUCAGAGCAGUUCUGUACAGAGAGAAGAUGUAACCAGCCAGGAGAAUUAAAACAUGGGUUUAUUAGUGUGACAGGUCUUACAUUUGGUUCAAAAGCUACUUUUUCUUGUGAAGAAGGAUUCAGAUUACGUGGGACUGAUGAAAUUUUCUGUGUAAUUAAGGAUGAAGGUGUUGACUGGAAUAGAGAUCUUCCUUUCUGUGAAAUAAUUCCUUGUGAGCCACCCCCAAGCAUAGCCAACGGGCGCUAUACUGAAGCAACCAACUAUGUUUAUCGAGAGUCCGUAACCUACACGUGUGACGAGGUCCCGAGAGGCGCAGAUCCCUUCUCGCUGAUUGGCCCAGCUACUAUUUUCUGCACGUCUGACGCACACUUAAACGGAGUUUGGAGUGAGCCACCUCCGCAAUGUAGAGUGGUCAAAUGUGAUAACCCAAAAGUUGAAAAUGGAAAAAAAAAAUCUGGAUUUGGACUUUCCUAUGGAUAUAAGGACUCAGUCGUGUUUGAGUGCAAUCCAGGCUAUUUCCUGAUUGGAUCGGAGAUGAUUACCUGUGAAGGAAACAGCACCUGGUCUCCUCCAAAGCCAUUACCGAAAUAUGUACGUGGUGCCCCAAAGAUCACACAGGGAGUAGUGAUUCCAGAGGAGUCUGUGUACAAAGGAGAAGAGUCUGUUCAGAGAAAGGGCAGUGGUUACUGUACUUUUCCUGGUGAUGCUGAAGAGAUGACAGUAACUUGUCAAGGACAGCAUAUGUGGAGUUCUGUACAAAACUCUGCGUGUGAGCCUGAAAGUUCUGGUUUCACUCUAGUCAUAAAUCAUGGUCGAGUAAUUGAUGGACAAAAGUCUUCAUAUUCUGUCGGGGAUUUUGUUACGAUUGAAUGUUAUGCAGGCUACACGUUACAUGGCGAAGCUCGUAUUCAGUAUGUUGGAGAAAACCGAUGGGUUCCUGGAGUGCCAGCUUGCCAGUUAAGUGCGUAUAUUACGGCCAUCGUCUGCGUGAUUGUGGCAGUUGUGGUGUUCCUGGCAGCCUUCUGGGUCUAUAAGAAAUUCUUUUCACAAAAUGG